CCCGCCCCCCGGGGCCCGGACCUGGUGCGGUGGGACGUUCACAGCGGCGGAACUUCCCGUUCUCAGCGGCUCGUUGGGAAACUCCCGGCGCCCGGGCCUGGUCUGGCUGCGGGCGGGACUCCCGGGUCGGUGCUGGGACAAACCCGGGAGAUCGCGUCUGUCCCCCGCGGCGGCGGUCUCACUUUGUGUGAUUGAAAGAGAAGGGAUUUCUGAGACGAUGGAGCCCCUGUCACAGAGGUUCCACCACCCAGGACCACAACUGAGCUGUGACCUCAGAGAAAAGCUGCAGUAUUCACGGCAACUAGAUCUUCCUGCACCUUAUUUGUUUGUUCCUUAUGCUAAGGAGAAUGAAGGAGACCAGGAUAUAGUGGCCUUGCUCUGUAGGUUUGGCUUUAUGAUGCCAGUGACGUUUGAGGAGGUGGCCGUGUACUUCUCUGAAGAUGAAUGGGCUCUUUUGGAUGAAAAGCAGAAGGAGCUCUACAGAGAUGUCAUGCAGGAGAAUUAUGAGACUCACCUCUCGUUGGCAGGAUUUCCGAUCGCUAAACCAGAUGUGCUGUCCCAGAUGGAGCGAGGGGAAGAGCCAUGGUUCCCGGAUCUCCAGCGCUCUGAGGAAAGGGAGAAUGCAAGAGGCACUAGCACUGGUGCCGGGACAGAGGAGGAGAAUUCCCAGCAGAAAGGGCCUGCGGGAACGGAGUCUCCCGGGAGGUCCCAGAGCCCUGCGUGGGGCGACACCGGUUGGGUGGGACAGCAGCAGGGAGACCCCGUGGGGGAGAUACCCGAAGGAGCAGAGGACCGCGAGCUGCUUCCCAAACACCUCAAGGGGCAGAAAUCUGCCAUCUGCCCUGACUGUGGGAAGAGCUUCGGGAACAGCUCGCACCUGGCCCGCCACCGCCGCACGCACACGGGGGAAAAGCCCUACACCUGCCCUGAGUGCGGCAAGAGCUACCGGCAGGACUCGCACCUGGCCCAGCACCGGCGCUCCCACACCGGCGAGCGCCCCUACAAGUGCACCGAGUGCGGCAAAGCCUUCUCGCAGAGCUCCAACCUCAUCAUCCACCAGCGCACGCAUACCGGCGAGCGCCCCUACACCUGCGGGGAGUGCGGGCGCAGCUUCGGGCACAGCUCGGACCUGGCGCAGCACCGGCGGGUGCACACGGGGGAAAAGCCCUUCCCCUGCCCACAAUGCGGCAAGCGUUUCGCCCAGAGCUCCAAAGUGACCCAGCACCAGCGCUUCCACACCGGCGAGCGCCCCUUCGGCUGCCCAGACUGUGGCAAGGCCUUCCGGCUGAGCGCCGACCUGCUGCGGCACCGGCGCACCCACACCGGCGAGAAGCCCUACGGCUGCGCCGAGUGCGGCAAGCGCUUUGUGGAGAGCUCCCACCUCAUCCGGCACCAGCGGACCCACAUGGGCGAGCGCCCCUACCGCUGCCCACAGUGCGGCAAGGGCUUCAACCAGAGCUCCAACCUGCUGCAGCACCAGCGCACCCACCGGGGCGAGCGCCCCUACAUCUGCAGCGACUGCGGCAAGGCCUUUGGCGUCAGCUCGGCGCUGCUACAGCACCGGCGCACCCACACCGGUGAGCGGCCCUACCGGUGCCCCCAGUGCAGCAAGAGCUUCAGCGUCUCCUCCACCUACAACAUCCACCGGCGCACCCACACUGGCCUCAAGCCCUACGCCUGCACUGACUGUGGCAAGGCCUUCAGCCGCAGCUCUGCCCUGCUCCAGCACCAGAGCACCCACACUGGGGAGCGGCCCUACCGCUGCAGCCACUGUGGGAAGGGCUUCGGGCAGAAGGCAGCCAUGGCCCAGCACCAGAGAACUCACCUGGGCCAGGAGCUGACUGGAGUGAUCCCACUGAGGGACUGGGGUGUGGCCCAGCUCGGACAGAGCCAGGGGGAGGAGGAGGAGGAGGGUGAUGAGGCAGGAAGCAAGGAGAGCACUGGGCUGGGGUGACUGGGACCAGGGCACCGGGAAGGGAAUAUGUGCCUGGUGGGGCAAUGAAGGGAAAAGUGGAAGCUGCAGUGGACGCUGAGGGGAUUGGUAGUAGAAGGAUCACUGUGACGGCUUGAGGCAGCCUGAUUCAAGCUCCAGGGUGGAAGGGGAGGGGAGUACAUGUCUGGGGGGAACGGGUGGCAGGGUACAGGAAGGUCCAUACGUGUCUGGGGGAAACAGGAAGGGUGGUACAUGUCUGAGGGGAUGGGAAGGGUGAUAUGUGUCUGGGGGGAACAUAAGAAUGGCCAUA